UCAUCACAGCACUUGAAGUUUCGGGUGUGGAAUCAACAGAGGACCUCAAAUAUGUACAACAUAUCAACAGAUCACAACAGAUCAUCGUGCACAACAGAAAUGUGCCUGUUAUCCAGCAACGGAAACUUCUGGAGGCAUUAAAAAUGGAAUCUAUAAAUCUUGCCUGGUGACUCAACACAUACAAGUCGCACUUCACUCUCUUGUCCAUUGCCUUGCUCUUCAUCUUCACUGUCCAGCAUUUCAUCCCUGUCAAGCUCUUCAGAACCAUCAAAACCAUGUACAUCGCACAGCCUAAGACAAUCAGCCAACAUAUUCAAUGUUUGCCACAGCAGCCGGUGUUGAGCACACCCUGACCCUCCCAACCAGUCCCCGACUGAUUCUAAUGGUUGCUGGUGGUGGAGUCACAUUGGGACAUUGGAUGAUCAGCAUCGAAAGCCAGGUCAUCUGUGAAGGCAUCCAAAAAACCUUCAUCACAGGGCUUGCUGCAGUUUUUGCCACGUACUAUGUGUUCAACCUGCACUACCAAGAAGAAGAUGCAAGGACACUGGAAUUUGUUCAAAGGCGCCUCAUUGGGAUUAAUCCUGAGAGGGGAAGAAAGACCAGCCAGGGGAAGGUGGUGUCAAAGAAGACAGGAAAGCUGGUCCACAAAAAGGCAACAACGGUGAAUCCCCAUGUGGCCACUCUACUAAAAAAUUUGAUGGAUGACCAAAACUAGCAUGUGGAUUGAGAAACUUCCUGGAACUGCUAUGACAGGAAGUUUCAUGGCAGAAACAGAGAAGUCACUUCAUAUGAGAAUCACAACAGAGAGGACAAUACAGAGAAAGUUUUACUGUGGAGGAAGAAGAAGCACAGACAUGAGGAUGUUUGUUCUCAUGUGGGCAACUCUUUUCUCUGUGACAAUCAUCCAUGCAGGUGCUUCAGAGUGGGGAAAGAAAACCUGUUCUGCUGAAUUUUGUAUCACUCUUGCUAGGAAGGAAAUAACCGCAGUGGCUGGACUCUGUGUCGUGAUCCCGUGUUAUUUCACUACACCCAAAACAUUUAUACCCAACAAUCUAGUUUGGUACAAAUGUGAACCAAUUAAGCGGAGAUGUAGUGAUGUAGAGACCAUAUUCCAAUCUAACAUGGUCAACACAAAGAUUCCGUCUGGGUUUAGGAGACGUGUAAAACUGCUGAAGCCUGGCGUGAGGAACAACUGCACGAUCAUUAUCAGUAACCUGAAAGUGUCCGAUUCUGGCUCAUAUCAACUUAGGGUAAAUCUCUUAAAGGGAUACACGUUUGCUCCAAGGACAAUGGUUUCUGUUAAAGGUCUGAGUCAGAGGCCCACAGUGAAGAUUUCUGGUCUGAAAGUGGGACAGUUGACCUACAUGUCUUGCACUGCUCCCAGUCUCUGCUUGGAAUCGGAUCCUAAAAUCAUCUGGAUUUGGAGUGGAGCAGGGAAGAAUGAAUCCCACAUCACAGGGAACAGCACAGAUUCCAAGUUUGAAAAACAGAGACACAGUUCAACUCUAACGUUCCACCCUUCAGCUGAACAUCAUCGCACCAACAUCACCUGUAAGAUCAACUUCACAGGAGACGUGACUACGGAGGAGACUGUGACUUUGAUGGUGACCUAUGUGAAGGAAGUUCGAAUCACUGAGGAUGCAAGUGUGAAGGAGGGUCAGACUCUGAACCUUAGAUGCAGUGUUGAAAGUUUCCCUCCAUCACUCAUCUUGUGGACUAAAUUUUCUGGCUAUGACAUUCAAAGUGGAACAGAAAAUUAUGAGCAAAAGGAUGCUGAAACCCUCCAGGUGAAGGAGAGUGGAACUGCUACUCUUUCCAUCGCAAACGUAACUGCAGAAGAUUCUGGACUGUACAUAUGCAGGGUAAUACAUCCGAUUGACACCCCAAAGAAAUAUGUCAACGUAACAGUAAUCUAUGUGAGAGAACCUUGGAUCACUGGAGAUACGACUGUGAAGAAGGGAGAUGUUCUGAAUCUCACGUGCAGCACUAACAGUUUCCCCCCAUCUCUUAUCUCAUGGACUAAGCUUGGCUUACCUGGAACUGACCUGCAUACUGACACUGGAUCAGCCACGCUCAUCAUCCCAAAUGUGACAGCAGACCAUUCUGGUCGUUACGUCUGUUCAACAAAAUACUUAGACACAACCAUGACUAUAAAUGCUGAUCUAACUGUGACUUGGUUUUCAAAGAUCUUCAAAGCCUCAGGAUGUAAGGCUGAGUUGGAUGUACUAACCUGUGUGUGUAUCAGUGGGGGCUUACCUUUACCUGCUAUCAAAUGGCCGCUGUUGAGAAACUAUACAGAGUAUUCAACCACUGUCACUGUGUCAAACUACACGGUCAACAGCUUCCUGAUCCUGACUGUGAAAGGCCACCAAAAUAUUUCUGUUGAGUGUGUCAGUAGCAAUGAAAAUGGGGAAGCAAGAGAAAACCUCAACAUCAGCAUAAACCCAUCAUACAAAGAGGGUCAAUUCAUGACAGUUGUUAAAAAGUUUCCAUGGCUGCAAACCAUCGUUGCCUUUUUGACUGGCAUCAUUCUCUACGUAACCAUUUGCUGUUUGGUACAAAGACGCCACAGAAAAAAACAGCAGAGCAACUGUAUUCUUGAUGAGACUCUGGAGAUGGUUACCAAUCAAGAGGAUCCACUGACAUAUGAUGGCCAGGCACAAGAACAUCAUCAGAUGCACAGCCAGGAGGAAGCUGAAUAUGAAUGUGUGGAAAGGAGGGCCCUCCAACCCAGUGGUGAACCAACAGAUGUGGAGUAUGCCAACAUUGAUUUUUCACUGUUGGAGAGAAAAUCUCCAAGGGAUGCAGCAAAAAACCAAGAGACCACAGAGACUGAGUAUACUGAAAUUAAAAAAGUUACAACGCACAUAGAAGACGGUGGAAAGGAACAUGAGCCGUUGGAGGGCAAAGAGGCUGUCAUGGAGGAAGAUGCAGAGACAAAAAUAAACCCAGAUGAAGGUGAAGGUGAAGGGGAGGACAUGGCAGUAUACUCCGCUGUCAAGGAUACAAUGGCUGAAAUGUGAGGAUUGUGUUGUAUUUUGGACAAAGUUUGAUUUCAGUCAUGAAUUUGAAUAUAAACUCCUGAUCAACAUUUCAGUUGAAAAAUUGCAAGAAUUUACAUGUUGCACUCACUGUUGGAUCUUAAGAAGGUUCUAAGUAGUGCUUCAAAAUGCAAAAAGAAGAAAUGGGAGUGAGAAAAAAAAUUAGUAAGCAAUUUAUUGCAAACAACCAUUAAACUGAAAUAGGCUGUUCAUCAGCUGAUAAAAACUUUAAGACCACAGCCUUUAAAAGCCUAAAUCUUUGCAAAAAAUGUGGAUUUAGUGCCAUUUUCUGUCAGGUAUCCACACUGUCAUGACCUCCUGAUGGCAAAGGCAAAAAAAGCUUUCUCUCUUUGAACACGGUCGGAUUGUUGAGCUGCAUCAGCAAGGCCUCUCGCAGCGUGCCAUUGCUGCUGAGGUUGGACGCAGUAAGACACUCAUUUUAAACUUCUAUGUUACUUAUCCUGGCUGAAAGUUGGUUGCACAAAAGCAAUGAUGCAUAAGUUCCCAUGGUGAUUGAUAUGUUAUCCUGCUGCUCAGUCCGUCCAGUCAGCUGUCAGUGGGUUCAGACAUAAACGUGUUUUACGUGUUAUUCGUGAUCUUUUAGAUCAGCCUUUCUCAAAGUGUGGUCCGCGAGUGACCCCUAGUGGUCCGCGAGGUGAUAAGCAAGUAACAUAUCAUGUUUUGAAAUUGAAAAUGUCAGUUUUAAUUUCAGUGUUUCGCAAACUGCCUGCGACAUGUAUGUGUUGUUUUCAAUAUCAAAUCAACUAGUUCAUUUUAGGAGGUUUUAGAUGUAUUUACCUUCAUUUUAUUUACCUGCAUUAAUUAUUAAUGUGAUUACAUGUGGUCCAGUGUUAUUUUAAUUCUGAUGAUUUCAUGACGACCGAUAUUUGUAUUUGAUAAAAACAAAAAUUAAGUUAAUAUUUAAUAUUGUAUGGAAUUAGAUUUCUGUCAAUAUUUUCAAACAACACUUUUUAAGAUUCAAACAAAACAUUGAUUUAAGCUUUCAAAAAUGUUGUAUAUUAUUGUUUAAAAAUACACUUGAUACCGUGAUUUAUAGCGCCUGUGGCACGAAACUAGGACAAGGGAUUGAGUCGGGCUAUGUUGCUUAUCCUGGCUGAACUUAGCUUCAAAUCAGUUGCACGAAAGCAAUGGUUUCAAGCAAUUUAUUCUAUGCGGUAAAUCUGGUCCAGACCAGGCUAAAAAACAGGAUAUGUUAAUCCUGCUUCUCAAUCUAUCCAGUCAGCUGUUAAUCUGAUCAGAAAUAAACGUGUUUUACAAGUUAUUCAUGGA